AUGUCCAUUUGCAAAUCUUGUGAAGAACCGCUCGUCUUGCGGCUCGACGACGACGCCGACAACGAUGAUACUGAAACUGCCGAGACUGUUCCUGAUGAUCUGGAGCUUGGUUGUGGAUGCCACUUCCACUGGGAAUGCCUUAUGGAAGAUGCAUCCUCAGUAGCACUAUCUCUAAAAUGCCCAAGCUGCGGAACAUAUCUACCUCAGAAUGAGGCAGGCGGCUCAUCUACAAACCAAUUCCGACAGAGUUCCGCUGCCGCCAUUCUAGCCCAGUACACCAAUGAAGGCGGCGUGCAAAAGGACCUCAACAUCAUGGAUUCAAUCACCGAAGAGGCGUAUAUCCAGAAUCAUCCCGAGGCACGACCUGCGAGAGCUUUUCAUGUCAUGUGUGCGGAAGGGGAUAUCGCAGGCAUUAUUGACUUGUUAAGAGACGCGAGCGAAGAGGGUGCCGAUGUGGGCAGCAUUAUUCGGUAUCAAGACCCAUUGGCGGACAUGAAGAGCGGAUUGCAUUUGGCUAUUGAAGAUCACCAAGAGGAGAUUGUAUGGACCCUGCUAUGGUUAUCUUCUACGGUCUCUACGGAUGUUUUCCCCCCUCUCGUUCGACAGACAGCCGAGGGUGUCGGAUUGGGACGAUUGGAUGUGGAUGCGGAUGCAGACAUUCGGCGCUUGAGAAAUUCUCAGGGCCUGGUGGCGGAGGUUAUCGCCCAGCGAAAUCCAGGGUCGCUGUCAACAUUGCUUGAGGCUGGUAUUUUGAGUCCUUGA